UUUCACUUCCGGGCCGGGGUCGAUCUGUGUGUUGCUGUCGUCUUUCCGCUGCCCGACUCCUCCAGCCAGCUCCUGGUCGUGGCUCCACAUCUGCACCAAGUUUCCCUCCUGUUUUUAAUCCCACGGCGACGUCCCAGCGUUGGAGCAGAGAGCGGGCGACAUGUUGGGUAGAGUGACUGUCAGCGGAGCGAGGAGGGCGACGCGGACGCUGUGGCUGCUGGUGCUGGUGAGUGUGUCCGUGAGCAUCUGUGUGUGUCGAGCAUCCUCCUCCGACAGCGCCAUGGAGAACAUCGUCACGGAGAAGCAGGCGGAGGAGAGCCACCGGCAGGACAGCGCCGACCUGCUCAUCUUCAUCCUGCUCCUCACCCUCACCAUCCUCACCAUAUGGCUGUUCAAGCACCGGCGCUUCAGGUUCCUGCACGAGACCGGACUGGCGAUGAUCUAUGGCGUGCUCGUUGGCGUGGUCUUACGUUACGGCAUCCACGUUCCUCGGGACAUCAGCAACGUCACGCUGAGCUGCAACGUGAACGCCAGUCCCGCCACCCUGCUCAUCAACGUCAGCGGCAAAUUCUACGAGUACACUCUGAAAGGGGAGAUCAGUCCCAACGAGGUGGACGACGUGCAAGAUAAUGAGAUGCUGCGAAAGGUGACCUUUGACCCUGAAGUGUUCUUCAACAUUCUUCUACCGCCGAUCAUCUUCCAUGCUGGCUACAGCUUGAAAAGGAGACAUUUUUUCCGUAACAUGGGAUCCAUUCUCGCUUAUGCCUUUCUGGGGACGGUUAUUUCCUGUUUCGUUAUCGGGUUGAUGAUGUACGGCUGUGUGACGCUGAUGAAGCAGGUGGGGCAGCUGGACGGAGACUUCUUCUUCACCGAUUGUCUUUUCUUUGGAGCCAUCGUCUCGGCCACAGACCCCGUGACGGUCCUGGCCAUCUUCAACGAGCUGCAUGUGGACGUGGAUCUGUACGCGCUGCUGUUUGGAGAGAGCGUGCUCAACGACGCCGUGGCCUUGGUUCUGUCCUCGUCUAUAGUAGCGUACCAGCCAGAGGGAGACAACACGCACACCUUCGAUAUCGUGGCGAUACUGAAAUCCUUUGGGGUUUUCCUCGGAGUCUUCAGCGGCUCUUUCGCUCUGGGGGUGGCCACCGGAGUCGUCACUGCUCUCGUGACCAAGUUCACUAAGCUGAGAGAUUUCCCACUGCUGGAGACGGCUCUGUUCUUCCUCAUGUCAUGGAGCACGUUCCUGUUGGCUGAGGCCUGUGGCUUCACAGGCGUGGUGGCUGUGCUGUUCUGUGGAAUCACUCAGGCCCACUACACCUUCAACAACCUGUCCCCCGAGUCCCAGGACCGGACCAAACAGCUGUUUGAGGUGCUGAACUUCCUGGCUGAGAACUUCAUUUUCUCCUACAUGGGUCUGACCCUGUUCACCUUCCAGAGCCACGUCUUUAAUCCCAUGUUCAUCGUAGGAGCUUUUCUGGCAGUGUUCCUGGGAAGAGCCGCUAACAUCUACCCUCUCUCAUUCCUUCUUAAUCUGGGGCGACGCAACAAGAUCCGGUCCAACUUUCAGCACAUGAUGAUGUUCGCAGGACUGCGAGGUGCGAUGACCUUCGCCCUGUCCAUCAGGGACACGGCCACGUACGCCCGUCAGAUGAUGUUCUCCACAACUCUGCUCGUGGUCUUCUUCACCGUGUGGGUCUGUGGAGGCGGCACCACCCAGAUGUUGUCCUGCCAGCGCAUACGAGUGGGCGUGGACUCUGAUCAAGAUAACCCUAUGAGCGUCGCCGAGGGACCAGAGAGAAGAAGCACCAAACUAGAGAGUGCUUAUCUAUUCAGGAUUUGGUACAACUUUGACCACAACUACCUGAAGCCCAUCCUGACUCACAGCGGCCCCCCCCUCACCGCCACGCUGCCCCCCUGCUGCGCCCCCUUCGCCCGCUUCCUCACCAGCCCCCAGGCCUUCGAGAAUGAAUGCCAGUUGAAGGAUGACGACUCUGACCUCAUCCUGACCGACGGCGACAUCAACCUGACCUACGGAGACAUCACGGUCAGCACCGACGCCUCCGGGGCCCACACCAGCGGCGGCCUGGCCUUUGCCGGCGUCACCUCUGACGACUUGGACAGAGAGUUGACAUACGGAGACCACGAGCUGGUGAUGAGGGGCACGCGCCUGGUGCUGCCCAUGGAUGACUCGGAGCCGCCCUUCACAGACCCCCGACUCCGCCUGCAGAUGUGAAGCAGUCAGUCUGUCAGCGCAGACGCAGACAACCGUCCCACUGACACUGACCUGAGCCACCGAGCAAAAGACCAGUACCUGUCGUUCUGCCUCUGAAUUCUCUUUUGCUCCGGCACCGUUUCUCAUUCCUCUUGCCUCUUUCUUUUCCUCACUGCUCCAUUUCCUCACUCCUUCUUUUGGCAAAUCACUGUCUCUACCUCAUUCUCAUUCUUCUCAUUUCCAACCAUUUCCAGAAAUAUAUUUUCUCUCAGGUUGGCUUCAACUUGUGUGCUAGUUACCUUGACUGUAGCAUCGCACAAAGGUCCAGCAGCAUGUGUUUGUGUGUAAACGCAAGUACCAACCGCUAUCUAAUUUGUCGACGUACAGUAUAUCACUAUAUCUUUGAUAUGCAUGCAGAGGAUGCUCGUUGUUUUCUUUGUUUGUGAGCUUGAGGGCUUUUGUGUUUCCGGGUCUGACCUUGAAUGUUGCUGCCUUCUCUCUCUGUGCGCCAGAGACAUGCUGACCCAGUGGACAACUUCACUGUACAUUUGGUUAUAAUCAAGUGCCUGGGAGUCGUAGUGUUACGCCCGGCGACCCACUCUGGAUCAGCCCUGGGAGUCAGAGCUGUCUGAGGAUGGGUCGGUCACACGGUCGAAGUUUUCCUUUGUAAAAAAAAAAAGAGAAAAACCCAAAAAACUAAGCAGACACCUCUGUCCAUAAGGUAGCAAUAUACUCAGCAGGUGUUGGGGCUGUCGGUUUGUGUUAUUUGCGUGUGAGUAGUGUGUAGCGAUGUGAGGCCACAGAUGCGUUGUGACCUGGCAGUGAAAGUCGUGGAUCUCUCCCAAUGACCUUUGACUGUGACAUAGAGAUGGACUUUACACCUUAUUUUAGAAGCUGAUGCCGCUCCCAACUGAACGAAGGGCUGCUGUGAGAUCCAAAUGAAGAAAGCUUAGUGCCAUCCGCCUCCUGCAUUUCCACUUUUUGUGAAAAUCAAAAUGCAGUUGAUGUUAUCAAGUGUUUUAUAUUUUUUUGGCAACAGAGCUUAUGUAUUUUAAUCCGAAUCCCUUUUUUCAUAGUCAUAUUUGGCUUUCAUGCACAUUUUUAUAAUCGUUGUCAAGACUUUGAAUCCAAUUUUCUCAUUAAAUAACAAAGAUAGUUAUGUGAAUUUGACAGUAAAGAAAGUUGGUGUUUUGUAACUAUAACUUUGGUAAAUCAAAGAAUUGAUUGUGUCUGUGUCUGAUUUAAUUGGGGCUGCAGCUAAUCGUUAUUUUUCAAUGUUGAUUCAUCGUUACUUUUGAUUGAUUGAUCAUUGUUUUGCCUAUAAAUGUCAAAAAAAUACUGAACAAAGCCCAAAGAUAUACAUUUUCCAAGCACAUGUGACUAAAAAAUAACAAGUAUUUGCAUAUAUGAAGCUGGAUGCGGUGAAUUCUUUAUGAUAUUUAUGUGGGAGUUCUUUCCAUGAACAGUUCAACUGUAUUUGUUGAUAUGAUGGAGGUUUUUCUCUGCCGUCCUUUAGGAUUCAUGGCUUGAUAUUGAAACAGGAAGUUAAAUAGCAUUAACGUGCUUCAAGUCAUAAAUAUAUUCACUUCUUAAACAUGUUUCUCAAAGAUGCACGUGUUACAUUUAACUUAUUGUCUUACUCCAGUCUUUCGCACGCUCUCGGGGGUUUAUUUUGGUGCGUGUACGAGUCGAAUGGAAGGUUGUGUGUUGUCUCCUCCGGGAUGUGGAGCACAGCAGCUGUUAACGGGGGUUCAACAGGAAGCGUUGAUAGGACGUCACCGUGGCAACACUGUGUUGAUGCGGACAGAAGCCAGGAAACACUCGAUGACGCAGUCGAACACAACGGGUUGGUGAGCCAAAGAAAAAAUAAUCGGGUGUAUGCUUGAGGGUUGAGUUGAAGAAGAGAGUGUGAGAUAUAGACGACUCAAAUGAGAGGAAUUGAUGAGGAAGGAGAAUUUGGCCAUUUUGUUUGUGUGUCAGUUUGUAUCUUGGGGAUGAGACAGAAGUGGAAGGAAGAGCAGGCGUUUCUAAAUAUCGCUUUUCCUUCUACAGUUAUCUUCUGCUGUGCAGGAACUUCUAAUUAAAAGUGUUUGACGUCCAGGAAACUAUUUAAUCUUCCCUCCACUUCAUACUUUUCAUUUGUGUUAUUUUGGAGUUUUAUUUUGUUGAAGGGAAACAAUGAUGUGAGGGGGGAAAAAAGCUGAAUAAUUUGCACUCAUGUUUUAUUGCCUUGUUUGUUCGAUCUUAUAGCUGCUUUUUUUAUUAUUAUUUACCUUGUGUUUUGGAAGGUUGUGAAAAAACGAGCCACGGUCUGUUAAAUGAUCGGUGAAGAAAUGUAUUUAGUAGACAUUCAUUUCGGUUCGUUGAUAAAUCCUUUGUGAAGAAUCAUGUCCACACUGUAGUGGCAGACCUUUCAUUCUGUCAUCCCACAUUUACACCUCGCAGGUACUUUGUAUGUGUGUUCGCAACAAACUGCUGUUUAAAUGUCUUCUGCAGAGCAUGAAUCAUUCAUCCUCCACUUGACGGUGGGGAAACAAAUGUCACAUUAUAUACAAACAGAGUUGUGUGCCACUGUUCUUUAAAAUGACACAUUAAAAAAGUGCAAAGUUUGCAAAAGCUCUCGUAGGUUUCGGUAUUUGCCUCCUGCUCUGCCAAUGUGUUUCCCUCUCUGCUCUUUGAAUGGUGACUGGUGACCGGCUUUGACCAGUGGAAAUGAAGUAGGAGCCCAAAGAGGCCCUGCUGUGCUGUGUCUUGAUACUGCAAAGUGUGAGUGUGUGUGUAUGUGUAUGUGUGUGUGCAAGAGAAGAGCAAGACAUCUAGUUCUCCCUUCUGUGCUGCAGGUACUGACUCUACUGACGCAUCUGUAUAAAUAUACUCUCAACUGUUCAUGUGCGUGCAACGGUCAAUAAAUAGAAGCCUGUGCUUUUGAUUAAAGCCCUCGCUGUAACGGCCUCCUCA